AUGGCAGAUGGAAGUUUUUCCAUUGCCAAUUGCAACAGGGAUUUAAGCCGUAGCAAGUUUGUGGGGACAUGUCUUAAGGAUCAACGACCAUUCAAUAUGGUGGCCGCUAUUUGCAGCCCAGUUCUUGCUACUCGCAGAAAUACAAUGACACGAGUUCCUCCUACUGUUUCUACAAGGAAGAGGAAGGCUGAGCAAACUUUAACUUUGGAAAGUAAACGAGUCAAAACACGAGGACGAGGCCAGAGGCAAGAGGUUGGGGGUGAGGAGGAUGUAGUGGUUGAGCAACAUCGUGAGCAAAUGAAACGAGUUCCUCCUACCGUUUCUGCAAGGAAGAGGAAUGCUGACCAAACUUUAACUUUGGAAAGGAAACGAGGAAAAAGUCGAGGACAAGGACAGAGGCAAGAGGUUGAGGUACAUCCGGAGGUAGAGAAGGAUGUCGAGGUUGAGCAACAUGCUCAGGUAGAGAACGAUGUAGAGGUUGAGGUACAUCCGGAGGUAGAGAAGGAUGUCGAGGUUCAGCAACAUGCUCAGGUAGAGAACGAUGUAGAGGUUGAGAUACAUUCGGAGGUACAGGAGGAUGAGCCAUAUGCUGUUCUACGGGAGGAUGAGCCACAUGAUAAUGUAGGGGAAGAUGAGCCACAUGUUGAAAUUUGUGAGGAUGAGCCACAUGUUGAUGUACGGGAGAAUGAGCAUGAGUCCGUUCAACAAGAGGACGAGGAAACGACACAAGCCAGAGGACGGGGGAGAGGACAAGGACGGGGGAGAGGACGAGGGAGAGGGCGUCAGGCGAGGCAAGAGGAGGUAGACGGUGAGGCAGUUGGUCCACAAGACCGGAGUUUGUUAGUGGAUUUUAGGAACCAUGUUGCUGUUGAUAUUUGGAACGGUAUGGAGCGACCAUUGUUGAAACUGCACUCGCACGGACGUAAUUUGAAGAAGUGGUCAAUAGCGGAGGCAAAUGAGAGGUUACUUAUGAGGGUUAGAAGUUCAGGGUUGUUUUCACUUUCUCAGAUUAUUUCUUCGUACACAGAUGGUCAAUGGGAAAAUUGGCGCGAUCAUGUCAUGAAUGCAGAGAAACGAGUUGCGAUUCAGCCUGGAGUCCCGUGGGAGUCACACCCCGACUACCUUCCUUGGUUUUUGACGGUCUCCCACUUCAGGGUCUCACCCCGUCCCGUAGAGGUGCCGUAUACCGAGAGUGUGGAAGAGCGCAAUGCAGCGGCUUUGGCCAUUUUGGACACUGUUUUGGGUGGGACUAGGGCUAGGACUUCAACUUGCCCGUAUGAACUACGACAAGCACUUGUUGAAGUGCAGAUGACUUUGAGGAGACCGGAGGCUGCUGAAGCAAGCAUAUCAGGCCCUAGUUCUGAUCGUUACUCGAGUCGUUACACUAGGUGCCGGCGCGAUGACCGUACUUGA